AUGGGAUGUGCCCCGAGCACUCAAAGAAGCAUAAUUGAUAACGGAAUGGGUUCUAGAGAAACUGGAAUUGAAGCAUACCAAAAAGUAGAGCGUGACAUCGCUAGAGAAGAACAAGCUGCACCGGCUCCAUCUUUAGGUCACGAGAUGGCAAAACUGGAUCGUUUUAUCACAGAUAUAGAAAAUCUUAUGAGUCAGCUCAGUCAAGAACGUAUAGCGGAUGUUGAAUUAACAUCCAACGACCGAUUUUCCCAAAGAUAUUUCAAUUCGAGAAUUGUAGAUGAAAGCGACAAUGCAAUUAGGACAGUCAUGGCAGAAUUGCGAGUAAAUUUGAAUCAAAUACUUGCGAUAGAACACGAAGAAUUCAUUGCAAAUCUUAAUCGAAAAUCUUUAAAACUUCACCAUUUAAAUUGGUUAAGUCAAAUGAGAGCUAGAAGUGAAGAAGAAAUAUCAAAACUUAGUGUAAGAGUACAACAUUUACAGAAACUUUAUGAAAGCCAAGAACUAAUAAUAAGAAAUUUAGUUGGGAGUAAAUCAUCAAAUACCGGACAAUUGGAACGGGAAUUGGACAGGGUUCGCAGUUACCGAGACACGUUAGUUAGUGGUGAAUUGUCGUGGAAAGACGCCACGUUAUUCGCCCAAGACUCGGCGGAUUAUAGUCGUACGGCAUAUAAAAGUUGGCAUUCACUGCGGACCGAAGAAGACGAAUCUAUUAGAUUUCGUCAAGCAUUGAAAACUAGAGACUCGAUGCACCAAGCCGCUCUAUGCGUUCGGAUGGCACAGACCAUGUUGCCCGGUGUUCAAUUUCCGUAUUGUACUUCAAGAGAAGUAUUUGCUAUUCUACAAGUUAUUGAGUACUUGUUUACUGAUUUGCAAGUUUCCGAAAGGUUUGGUCAUGCUCUUGAAGUUUAUAGAAGCUUCAACAAAAGAGCGACGGCAUUGACUCAGUGGCUAAAACAGACUACAGAUGAAACUAUACAUAAAGAUGUAGAAGAAGUGGACGAACGUAUCAAUGAUUUGGCAAGCACACUGAGUCAAGAGAGAACCAUGAACAGGACAGAGUUUCGGGAGACCAAUUCAGAACGGUACAACUUACUAGCUGGAACUCACCAACGCUUUGUUACCAAAUGGCUGGGUGAUACCAUAGGACCUAAAAAAGAAUAUAUUGAGCUGCAUUCAAGAUUUCGUUUAUAA